AGAACCUAAAGACAACUGAAGUCAAAGGCAUUUUGGUAAUUAUCCAAAGACUGAUAUACUAUGGGUAAAGGAAGGAGUGGUCUAUAAAAAGGGUUUGGCUCCAGGACACUUACUAGUAGGGAGUCCUCUCUAACAAGAAAGGACAAAGAAGUAAGCAAAAUCUAUGGCUACUGAAGAAGGGCAUGCUGGUUACACAGAGGAUGGAACUGUGGAUCUCAAAGGGAACCCUAUCCUUAGGUCCAAGAGAGGUGGUUGGAAGGCAUGCUCCUUUGUUGUUGUGUACGAGGUAUUUGAACGUAUGGCAUAUUAUGGUAUCUCAUCGAAUCUAGUCGUAUAUCUAACCGAUAAGCUUCAUCAAGGGACUGUGAAGUCAUCCAACAACGUCACUAAUUGGGUUGGGACUAUUUGGAUGACCCCUAUCUUGGGUGCCUACGUGGCAGAUGCUCAUCUUGGCCGUUAUUGGACGUUUGUGAUCGCUUCUGUUAUUUAUCUCUUGGGCAUGUCACUACUAACCAUGACAGUUUCAGUCUCUGGACUUAGACCACCUCACUGCCCACACCCAGACCCAAACUUUGCCAACUGCAAAAAGGCCUCAACAUUCCAACUAGCCCUAUUUUAUGGUGCACUCUACACAUUAGCCGUUGGGACCGGCGGCACAAAGCCCAACAUCUCGACCAUCGGGGCAGACCAAUUCGAUGAGUUCGAGACCAAGGAGAAGGCCCAUAAACUUUCCUUCUUCAACUGGUGGAUGUUCAGUAUCUUCUUUGGGACACUCUUUGCCAACACAAUUCUUGUGUACAUUCAAGACAAUGUGGGUUGGGCUUUGGGAUAUGGGCUUCCGACCGCGGGCCUUGCCAUAUCCAUUUUGAUUUUUCUAGUUGGCACACCCUAUUAUAGGCAUAAGGUGCCCACUGGGAGUCCCUUCACAAGGAUGGGUAGGGUCAUAGUGGCAGCCCUAAGGAAGUGGAGGGUACCCAUUCCUAGUGACCCUAAAGACCUCUAUGAACUUGAUUUGGAAGAGUAUACCAAGAAAGGGAAGUAUAGGAUUGAUUCCACACCAACCUUGAGGUUCCUCAACAAAGCUUGUGUAAGGACAAGUUCUACUAGUCCAUGGAUGCUAUGUUCAGUAACUCAAGUAGAGGAGACCAAACAAAUGCUAAGAAUGAUACCGAUCCUAAUUGCCACAUUCAUUCCAAGCACCAUGAUUGCACAAGUGAACACACUCUUUGUCAAGCAAGGCAGAACCCUAGACAGAAAUGUUGGUGGCUUCAAAAUACCGGCAGCCAGCUUAGCUGGAUUCGUAACAAUUUCAAUGCUUAUCUGUGUGGUGUUAUAUGACCAAUACUUUGUCAAGAUAAUGAGAAAAUUGACUAAAAACCCUAGAGGCAUCACUCUCCUUCAAAGAAUGGGAAUUGGGAUGGUCCUCCACAUCAUCAUUAUGCUAAUUGCAUCCCUAACUGAGAGGUACCGGCUUAGCGUGGCCAAAAGUCAUGGUUUAGUAAAUGGGGGACAAGUGCCUCUAACCAUUUUCGUCUUACUUCCUCAAUUUGUGCUUAUGGGCACGGCAGAUGCGUUUCUAGAGGUGGCCAAAAUUGAGUUUUUCUAUGAUCAGGCGCCAGAGAGCAUGAAGAGCCUUGGAACUUCCUAUUCCAUGACUAGUCUAGGGAUUGGGAACUUCCUUAGUAGCUUUCUUCUCUCAACGGUUGCUCAUGUCACAAAGGACCAUGGUCACAAAAAAGGGUGGAUUUUGAACAACCUCAAUGCUUCCCAUCUUGACUACUAUUACGCGUUUUUCUUGAUACUCAACUUCUUGAAUUUGAUUUUUUUCUUUUUCAUGACUAAGUUCUAUGUAUAUAAGGCUGAAGUAUCGGAUUCAAUGGAAGUUCUUAGACAAGAAUUGGGUGGUGGAUCAACACAUGUGGUGCCUACUAUAGCAGAGCCAGUGGCUUAGGUUUGUGAUCAUGUGAAUUGGGGAAGAUGAAAAGAUUGUAACAAGAUUUCCAACUUUACCAAACCAGUCAAGAAAUGGUUCUUGAUGAGGUGUCAAUUGGUUGGUUCUAGUUGGGGUGAUUGGUUUUGGGGGACACUCUAUGUAGGAUUUUCUUUUGCCUCACUAUAAUGAAUUGUGUUUACACUUGUUGAAAGGAAAAGGAAUUAAAUAUUGUCA